AUGCAAAGCUUACUGGAGCAGUACAUGAACGAUCCGAAUUCCUUGUCCUCUUUCAAGCAAAUCAUGUUGGCUCAAAGCACUUUACAAACGAGCAUCAGCGAUGGAACAGAAAAUUCAAAGGAGCAGGUGACUUGCGAAACUCCACCUCCUCUACUUCAUCGACCUUUUAAACGAUUUCUAGUGCAAAGUGACGCAGAUGACUCUUCACCAGAAACGAAGCGACUACGACAAGACAAUGGCGAGAAUUACUCGCCAUCACUUUUUAAAAACUGUAGCAAUUUUCAGGAAGAAAUGUUUGGAAAGUAUCGGUCAAUUGGAAGCUCAUCAAAGCAGUUGCGUCCUCCACCACCUCUCAUGAAACAGAUAGGAGUAGAAAGCAAUGGGCUGGAACAUUACAGACGUAGCCCACAGGAUCAUUUUAUUUUCACAAAAGAGAUGUGCAAGCCGAAUGCUGAAAAAAAUAAUACCAUUCACAAUGGACAUGGUUCUAAAGAAAUCAGUGUUGAACUUUCGUCGACUUUUUCACCAGCUUUAAAAGUAGACCCAGCACCAAGAGAAAUCGAAGGCGACUGUAUGUCUUCUCAUGGGGGCUACGCGUUUGAUCACACUUCAAUGCCAAAAAUAGUCGCAGUACAUUCCAUUUCAAAAAAGGGCGAAGAUACAGACGAAUGGGAAAGAAACAAAGCGUUCAUCGCUAAAGUGAAAGGUUCGCAUGCUAAGUCUGGCAGGAACAAUUCUCAAAUGGUCAGAUCUGCUUCUGAGCAAAUCAAAAGAUUAGCCGCCCAAGCUGCCUCUAAUGACAAAGACAUACAACCACCUACCGUUGCAAAUGAAAGAAAGACGGCUUCGGAACAUGUUUCGUUUGAACGUUAUGUCCUGUACCAUCUUCUUUCCAAGUACCAGGGAAACGUCGACAAAGUCCAGCAUAUCCUUAAACAAAACCUGCUUCAAGAAUGGUUGUCCUACUGUCAAGGAAAUGCAGAUCCAAGGCUACAAACAUUUAGUGGGAUUAAUGUUUAUGAGCUUAGAAAACUCUACGAAAUUUGGUCUCAUUUACAAAGAACUAAACAGCCCACUGGCAGCCUUGUUCAUACUACCUCAAAAGUUCGAAAUUCAAGUGGCUUACAAAGGCAAGACAAUUUAGUGUCUGCACAGAACCAGCCGGUUGGUUUUUCUGAUUCUCAAAGUCCCGGAGACUUGCAGCAAUUUGAAGCAGCUUUUGCAAUGCAAAGACAGAAAAAUGAAAAUCCUCAACAUUCUUCAAUCCAUUCAGCACGAGACCCCUCGAAAUUUGGACAACACAAUACAAAUAAGGUGAUUGCAGGCGCACAGAUGGAAAUUUGUUCAAGCGAAAACAGUUCAGCCAAAAUUCAAGAAAAGUAUAGUGUUCUAUCACAAGAUUCAUUAAGAGGAACACUCCGCCGCAACUCUUCUUCUUCGCCAGUUGUGCCUAACCUUUAUCAAAACGAAAAUACAACACGAACUGUUUACUCUUCAACUUAUAAGGCCACGCCGCAACCGUCGCCUUUAAGACACUUUUCAUUUCUGAACAAGGAAAAGCAGGCAACAUGUUCAUCGACUCUCGAAAGUUAUCGAGGAAAUAGCAUCAUUAAACCCGCCCUGAUGAAAGAUGUUCCGGGUAGGUUAAGUAAUCAAGUUGGGGCGGGCGCAUUUUGGCAAAAUGAAAAACAUGUUAACAUGAAUCUUUUAGAGGCUUCUCAAAAGAGACUGUCAAAUUCUCUGUUGCAAGAUCAGGAGAGAGUUAAAAGAACAAACACUGCAUCUCUAACUCUGCUACGAAUUUCACAAGAAGCCUCAACACCAAACCAAAACAAAUUGUUGUCUUCAGGAAAACAACCUCCAACACUAUUGGUCAAGGCGUCUCGAAGUAAUGUUCUUGGCAAAGUAAACCAGGGAUCUGUUCAAUCACAUCAUCCUUCAAAAGAAGUCUGUCAGCUAAGAACAAAUAUUACCGAUGCUGUACGAAGUCAAGAAACAAAGGCUAAUUAUCUAUGGCGUUUUAAAGGCGGAAAGCUUAUUAGUGAUAGUAUUGACAAUGGAGAAACAACUGCUGAAGUUGACAUUCGGCAAAAAAUCGCAGAGUAUUAUAGUUGCAACAUUCAAAUAAGCCAAACUGAUGUUGAAAUACUCGAUCAAGAGCACAAGAAAGUGUGUGGAGCUGCCGCGAAUGGUCAGCGGUGUUACUGCAUUUUAGGUCCCAAAGGUAACUUGCAGAACACAAAAGAGGAAACGAAUCCAAUUCAAGGUGAUCAAAAUUCGAUAAAGAAAGAAGAACAAGACUCAGCAUUACGAGCCCUGUUACUUCAAAGUCAAGGUUCAAACAUGAAUUCCAAAACAUUGAGCAAUGCUUCUAUCAAUCCGUCUACUCAGUUACACUCACAUCAUACACAAGGUUCUAAAAAGGUUCAUGAAGGUCUCAUAGAACGUUGUGUCCAACCUUGUACUGUUCUUCAACAUUCACCUAAAGGAAGAGCCAGUGUUGACCUAAAAGUAGCAGAGGACACCAAAAAAAACCAUGUUGACCUCACUAAUUCGUUCAAUACACCUCAGACGUAUGCCAUUCAGAAGGCAAUGGGAAAUACACAAUUCAGCAAUGAGAACGCAGCUCAUCGCUCUAUUGAUAGACACAAUGUCAACUGGAAUGGAGAGACACACAAAACUGUGACCAGUUUUCAGGAUAAACCAUCCUGCAACAGCUUUCAUAGUUCACAGGGAUUUCAGUUAUCUUCUCCUGGCUUUAGUCCCUGGAAUGAGGCAACUGGCCAAGCAUACCACAGACAGGAGCUUCAGUCACUCAAUGCUGGGCUCAUCAAUUCUAGUGCUGUACAGGAAUCACAACAAUGCAGCACCAGUCUUCAGAUUACACAACGUAACUUGGCAUCAAAUGUUUUCAAUCACCGCCUUUCACCUUAUGCGCAGCCAAUCCAAAACUCCAGGGCGAGUCCUGUAGUUUCACCACCGAAUUCACAAGAGAAUCAACUAGCAGCUGAAACUUGCCUUACGAAACAGUACAAUGUACAGCAGACCCCUUUACCAAGCAAUACUCAACCUACUUCGCCUGAUGCUCAGAGAAAACAGCAAAUUUUAAAUGCACAAAAGUUUGUGUCACGGGAUAUAAACACUAAGCUGGAAUCAGAGGUCAAAUGCUCAUUCACUGCGCAUAAUGAGCAGCAUUCUAAUGCAAGUCACCACUGUUUACACAGCAACAGAGAAAAGAAACAGUCCAAUCCCAGCUUUUAUGUUUCAAGCAGUCCGGUUAGAACCCAACAAUCUUUCAACCGUUGUAAUACUCCAUUGACUGUACACACUUCUCGACAGUGCAAUGCAAACGUCAAAAUCUCCCAAUCUUCACAACCCCCUGUACCAUCAGUGAUAAGAAUAGCACCCAAAGUUAACAAAACGACGAUACCAAACGAACAACCAGCAUCGACUUUAAAUUCCUCUCUUCCAAGAACAAGCGCGAAUAAAGCUGGACUCCUAACUGUUGCUAAAUUCGAAAAGUCAAAGGAGAGUGAAAAAACAAAAGAGAAACAGUCCAGUUUUCACACGCCUCUUUCACCGAGGAAGCCGCAAUAUAACUCUUUACAUCAGCUGGCUAAAAAGAUCGCAGAGACUCGUGAGAGAUUUCAGAUGGAAAGUAUCCCCUGGAAGAAGAAAAUUCUUAAAUCUCUUGAAGGAGUGUUGAUGAAGAAGUUAAAGAAAAUAGAGAAAGAAACAGGAGAAGAGGCUGAUCUU